AGUAAUUUUGUUUCCUGAAUUUACAUUUAGUUGCUGGUAGGGAAACCCACAAAAUUAUAAAUAUAUUUUUAGACUUGUGGCAGAAACAUCGAUAGUCGCUGAAGACAUCGAUGAUUUCACAACUCCAAAUCGGCGUGCUGCCAUCUCUAAUCCGCAUCCGAACAAGUCGUCACUUGUUUUCUUUUCUAUUCCAACUUUUUAAACUUGAACCGACACGAAUUGACAAUUAACAGGAACAUCAACAAGUGCAAGCGACUCGACGCCAUUUUGCGCGCCAAAACCCCAGUAGCUCUUGAUUUCCCGCCAGUUGACGCCCGGCAAAAAGCGAAGACCCAGAUCCUCGCAAGUUUCUGCGAAAAACAGACGUCGCGAUGAGUGCGCAGCCAAGCCCGCUCAUGAAUCCCCAGCAGCAGCAGCAGAGCGAGCAGGAGAAGGUCUACCAGUGGAUCAACGAGCUGGCCCACCCGGACACCCGUGAGACCGCUCUGCUGGAGCUGAGCAAGAAGCGCGAGACCGACCUGGCGCCCAUGCUGUGGAACAGCUUCGGGACAGCCUGCGCCCUGCUCCAGGAGAUCGUCAACAUAUAUCCCUCGAUAACGCCGCCCACACUGACGGCCCACCAGUCGAACCGCGUAUGCAACGCGCUGGCCCUGCUGCAGUGCGUCGCCUCGCAUCCGGAGACGCGCACGGCCUUCCUGCAGGCCCAGAUACCGCUGUACUUGUACCCCUUUCUGUCGACCACUUCGAAGACCAGGCCCUUCGAGUACCUGCGUCUGACCAGUCUGGGUGUCAUUGGAGCGCUGGUCAAGACCGACGAACAGGAGGUGAUCACCUUCCUGCUGACCACUGAGAUCGUCCCUCUCUGCCUGAGCAUCAUGGACAGCGGCUCGGAGCUGAGCAAGACCGUGGCCACUUUCAUCAUCCAGAAGAUACUGCUCGACGAGUCCGGCCUGUCGUACAUCUGCCAGACCUACGAGCGCUUUUCGCACGUGGCCAUCACCCUGGGCAAAAUGGUGAUCCAGUUGUCGAAGGAUCCCUGCGCCCGGCUGCUCAAGCAUGUGGUGCGUUGCUAUCUGCGCCUCUCGGACAACACUCGCGCUCGCAAAGCCUUGGGCCAGUGUCUGCCGGACCAACUGCGUGACGGCACCUUCGCACUGUGCCUGCAGGACGACAAGUCCACCAAGCAAUGGCUGCAGAUGCUGCUCAAGAACCUGGAGCUGGGCGCCACCCCGCAACAGAUCGGCAUGUCGCCGCUGGGCACCUAGACAGCCAAGGCACAGCCGCGCCAACAAUCGAACAUCCAACAAUCCAACGUACAAGCGACCUUGCAAGCGCCAACGAUGAGUGAGCUCCGUCUGCUGGUGACUGCUCUACCGAAUAAAAUACUUAAUAAGCUUGCACGCGAUUGCCUGUGUAACCUAAGCAGAGCUGUAAUAUAAUUAAACAUAUGUACCGAUAAAAUAAUGAUUAUGAUAAGUUUGUCACUGAUAGCAAAUAAAGAACCUAAAGCAAACGAUGUAUUAAAAAA